CCAUAAUCGUUAUAAAGCUUCUUGAAGGCAAUUUUAAACAAAUUGUGAUGUAUUUUUAAAGAACAAAUUGCAAAAUACGAAGGUAUUUGUGAAUUCACGGAGGCUUCCGGGUUAUUCCGUUCUCAAGUUGGCGCCGAGAUUAGGCCCGAGAACACUCGAUAGUGAGGCUAGGUCAACACAUCUCAAAUCAUCUCUUUACCAAGAAAAUAUUCGUAUGAGUUGUGAAAUCUAAGCAAAAUUUUUAGUUAUUCGCUUGGUAACAAGAAACUAGAGCAAAUGAAGUGUCAAUCAGGAUAUUCAGAUGGAUGAAGACGGGGGAAAAAGCGGUGAAGUACUUGUGAAGGCGUGUCAAAAUAUGGACGAACAUUCUAAUCCUAAAGACAAAGUUAUGGAAACUGCAUCUCCCCCCGUUAAAGAACCAGUGUUACAGGACAGCGAACACAGCAGUGAGCGCAGUGAAACGACAGUAAAUGGUCCUGAGAUGAAAUCAGGCGUUUCAACAAUGUUUUCUGGUAAAACAAAAGUUAAGAAAAAAAUGCGAGUCGAAGAUAUUAUUACAAACCUUAAGAAAGUGAAGCAAGUCGCGAGCUCAACUGCGAACGAACCGCAGCCUGUCACAAGACCACCAAACGAGAAUGGAAACACACAGUUGAAAGAAACUGUAAGGAGCCCCAUCAUCAUGCCACCAGAAGAAUGUGAAAGAUCGUCAACAGACGAUGAUCCUUUGCCAAGUGGAGAACAACAAGAGGAGGAGGGAUCAUCAUUUGCAAGCAUGUGUAACAUUCGAGACGAUCCACCUAACUACAAAGAAUUCAGUGAUUUGCAGCCAUUGACGAAACAAAGAACGGAACAAUCUAGUUUAACGCAAGAUAUGAAAAAAUUCCCAGAAAAUGUUGCUCCGUCUCAAAAAACCAGUCAAACAAAACCAACAGCUACCACGAACACUUCAAAUCCUCUUAGACAAGUGAUUGUGCAAGCUGUUCCACAAAAACGAAAUCAACAGACUCCGAUAAUAUUAAAUAAACUUCCACCUGGAUUCAUUAUUAGAAAUGAUCUUCCUUCAGGUUCUGCAAAUCCUCAGGCAACACCAACGACAGGUCAACCUAAACUAUUAUUGAUUACAAAAUCGGGAAGUCCUUUUUACCUAACACAAAGUUUAAGUACUACAACGAGUCAAACACAGUCCAAACCUGCUGAUAAAGUUAAUAAUUCUCCUGUAUUAACACAAGGAAAACCAGUUAUUACUACUAAUAAGUCGUCUGCUCUUUUGAAGGGAAAACCAAUCAAUUCGAACAAAAAUAUUUUACGAUUGUCCACUCCUACAUCAAAAACAACGAACAAGGAGACUCCAUUGAUAACUGUACAGUACAAUUUACCAUACCCUAACAACAACUGCAAAGUUGUUAGUAAUCCUGUAAACAUCCGAACAGCACAAAGUUUCAAAGCAGGGACAUUUCAAACUGUGAAUAAUCUUCCGCCACGGCCUAGUAGGCCCCGUGAAAUGGUAGUGAACUUUGCUGGAAAUCAAACAGCGCAUAUUACAACCAUGACGGAUGAGACAUCUGUUCUUCCUGAAAGACAAACAAGAUUUAUUCCGUCCAUUAUUUAUCGUUCAUCGCCGGAUACAUCUCCAAAUAAAAAUACGAAACCAGUUGCGGAGAAACGAAAUGAUAAGACAAUUUUUAUCGUGACGUCGCCAUCAGCCAUUGCAAAAAACGUCAAACUUAAAAUUGAUGGAAAUAAUAAGGUCCCUGUACAAAGCCCACAGCGAAGGUCUAUUUAUGACGAGAAAAUUGCAAAGCUUACUGGAAAAAUGACAAAUAUCGAUCAGGCUGUCGCAGUCAAUGGCAAAGCAAAAGGUUUGUCGAAUGGAGUGAACACGAAUUCAAACGUUGCUAAUGUUCGGGUGAGUAAUAGAAAGAGACAACAGACUGAGAAGGCGAAGUUAUUUGAGAAAGAAACAAAGAAACGAAAGAGGAGUGAAGAAAGAAGCCCAGGAAGUGAGAAGUUGAAAGUGGAUAUUCCAGUUGAUAAUUUAGAUGAUGGUAACAAGACUUCACCAACGUCAGUUAGCCCAAGUCAGCAUGAAGACAUUGAGAAAGGUAUAACGAGAUCACCAUCAAAGAAAAUUAAAACUGCUUCACCGAGAACGAUCAAUAAUGAAGAAGUCUCUCAAAAGGAAAAAGAAGAGGAGAAAGAAGACGAUCCUGACAGUUUGUUUCGUGAUCCUGCUUUGCUAACGCGAGAACAACGAGCACUGCAGCGUGCUUUGAUGUUGUUUAAAGAACUUGAGGAAAAACAAGCAAGAAAACGGUCAAGAACUGAGACAGACAGUGAAACUGGGAAGGCAAAACAGACAAGAAAAGAGUCAGUUACUGAUCCUGAUAAGAUAAAACAGUCAAAAACUGAGACAGACAGUGAAUCUGCGAAGGCAAAACAGACAAGAAAGGAGUCAGUUACUGAUCCUGAUAAGAUAAAACAGUCAAAAAUUGAGACAAACAGUGAAUCUGGGAAGACAAAACAGACAAGAAAAGAGGUCAUUAAUUAUUCUGAUAAGAUAAAACAGUCAAGAACUGAGAUAAACAGUGAAUCUGGGAAGACAAAACAGACAAGAAAAGAGUCCAUUAAUGAUCCUGAUAAGAUAAAACAGGCAAAAACUGAGGCUGAACCUGGUAAAACCAAACAAGCAAAGAAAGAAUCAGUCAGUGAGCCUAAUAAGAUAAAACAAGCUCGAAGUGAACUAGAUUCUAACGUAAGUAACACAAAAUUGGCAAAAAAUAUAUCAGUGGAUGACGUCGAGAUGAAACAAACAGAGAAGAAAUCUACAAGUGAAGCUGAUAAGACAAGUUCUCGGAAAACUGCAGGAGAAAAUCAGUUGAUUCGCGAUGUGGCGUCGAAGCGAAAAAUCGUGGAUGAAGAAAUGUACGAUGUAGUAUUGAAAAAAAGAAAACAAGAAAUGAGAAAGAAUAGAAAUGAGGAAAAGGCAAUUGAUGUAACACCAAAAAGUGAAGACAAAGACCAGAAAAGUCCUGAAGAAGUUGUUACAAAGGCCAUCAAGCAAGAGAAACACUCGAACGCAGAGAUAGACCCAAGUCGUUCAGAAAGCGUUAAGCGAAAGAACGAUGUUAAGAAAAUUGUGCCGAAGAAACCCGAAGUAAAAUCUGACAAUGUAAAAGAUAGUCCCAGUUCUUCAAAAGAGAAUAAACACCUGAAAACCGCGAAGGAUGUUGUUCAGCCAAAAAUUUUGAAACCGCCGCCGAAAACACCAGAAUCCGCUGCUGAGAAACAUCGCGUGAAAACGUACAUGUUAGUUCCUUCCUACCAUGGUUUUAAGGAUUUUUCUCCAAUCGUUCUCGGUUCAAGAACUCGAAGCAGGAAAACAGAAGCAGUGACAACAGAGAAAGAAUACGACGUUCCUGUGACGAAACCACCAGAGCGAAGUGAGAAAGAUAUUCCAUUGUUAGUCAUAGAGACAGUUGGGAAUAAAGCUGUUAAACAGGAUGUGUUAGCGAAAGAUGAGCAAAUGAGAGAUUUUGUCAAAGAUAGUAUUCGCAAACAAGGAAUGUUAAAGCAGGAAUUAGAGUUGAACGAAAAAAACGAGGACGCUGAACAGUUUGAAAACCGAGAAAAACGAAAUUUGACGGUGAACAGAAAUACUGGUGAAACAGUUUUGCACAAAGCAUCGCGAAUGGGUUACGAUGAGACAGUAUAUCACUGCAUACAACAAGGCAGUGACAGUAAUGCCAAAGAUAAUGCAGGUUGGACGCCAUUACAUGAAGCUUGUUCUCGUGGUCAUUCCGAUGUUGUCAGAGUUCUUGUUAAAUACAAUGCCGAUAUCAAUGCUUGCUCUAAUGAUGGUAUUAGACCAAUUCACGAUGCUGCAGACAACGGUAAUCUUGAUUCACUUCGAUUGUUGAUGGCUUACGGAGCAGAUCCGUUUAUCUCCACGUAUUCAGGUCGUUCGGUGCUUGAUUGUGCCAAACGUAGUGAUACUAAGGAAUAUAUUCAAGGAUGUAUUGGUGAUUUAUAUCUGAAUGAUGAGAGAAAUCACAUCGUCGCAGCUGAUUACGAGAACCGAUGGAGUUUUCGGGGCUCCAGUUCUGUCCUAGACAAAGAUCUCAAAUACUCUGGUGAUGUAUUUGACAAUGUACCAAAGCAACAGUCAAACAACUCUCUGGAAAUUGAAUGGAGUGAAACGCCUCAUUUGCAAACUUACAGUCUUCCUCUGAUCAAAGAAGGAAUAGUGGUCGGACGAAAGAACUACGUUCUUUUGCAUGACUUACAGCAAACGCUGAACAAACCCAGGCAAAAUGUGGUUAAAUUGCUUAAACGAACCAAAAUCAGAGAAGUUAGUUGGACUGAAUUUAAAAACGAAGUGUCGAGCAGCUAUUUCAUUAAGCUUAAUGAACAGACUCCUGUCGCAGAGGAGGGAAAAGUAGAACUGGUUCCAUUAAACUGGACUGUGCGAAGCUUGUUAAAAAUCAAGUGUGAGCACCUCGCUUUAUGAGUUCGUAUUCGUCAUAACUGCGUGUAUGGUACUCCUCCUGGUGUGAAAUAUGAACGACAACAACCAUCAUAUACGUCGUGUACUUUACACUGAUUUCUAUCCCAGUUAACCCAGUUAAAGUGUUGCAUCGAAUGGAAAGCUUCGUAUUUUUUGGAUAACAUUUGGUAUGUUUGAAAUUUGACAAAGACAUCACAAGUGGAGAAUUGUCCUUUGAAUGUUCAAUCAAGUGAGAGAUAGACUACUGAUUUAUGGUUAUGUUUGCGAGAGUACAUAGCGACAUCUUAUUUUUUAGAUGAAAUGCUUUGUUAAUUUUAUUCUUUCAUUCCGUUUUAUUGGAAAAUAAAAAUAUACUAAGCAUGUUUUAACAAUCAUAAUUUACCCGGAAGAUGCACCAUUCAGUCAAUACUCUCAGUCAUUAGCACUCAGUAUGUAUGUUGACUCAUUUGACUUCUGGGUCCGGUUGUUCGAAAGGCGUUUAGCUUAAACGGCGGAUAAGCCAAAGUUUAAAA